UUUCCUUUUCCACUGUCUCUGUCUUUCUCUGAAACAUUUCAGUGUCUCUUUGCCUCCAGCCAUGCUCUCCAUUUCACCUUCUACCCCUCUCUACCUGAGUUUCCUCCUCUUUCUUUCGUACCACUCCUCUGUUCUCUCCUGUAAGACUGGGACCCGCAGCCAGUGUGAGUCUGCUCCCUUUGUGCCAGGCCACAACCUGGUGGGAGAGGGCUUUGAUGUGGUCACCCUGCGGCGAAAAGGAGCCUAUUUGGUUGACGUGAGGACCUACUUAACUCCAAGUGGCACCUGUACUGUCUGCUCCAACCCUCUUCAAGGCAACAGGCUGCAGAAAUUGCCAGUCUCUGUAGUGGACUGGCGUGCAUUCAACCGAUGCAAUACUGACCUCUACGGCAGUGUACACAACUCCAUUAGCUCACUGAUUAACACUUACACCUCCCAGGACAGUAAUGACUGGAAGGUUGGCCUAGAUUUAAAGUUAAAUAAGUCAGUCAACCUGGAUAUAGGGGGAACAUGUUCACCCGCAUAUGACUUUGCUACAAAAAGGAACGGAGAGGACCGCUACUCCUUCAGCUUACACAGGGUCACCUGUAGCCAUUACAGUUACCGUGUGUCAAGCACACCGCCCCUCAGCCCUGAGUUCAGUAAGGAUUUGGAAAGACUGCCAAGCUCCUACAACUCCUCAAUCAGGGCUCAAUACAGUAAACUCAUACGUAUCUAUGGCACACACUACAUCCGCCAGGUUCAUCUUGGGGGACGACUAAGGCGAGUCACAGCUGCACGUACCUGUUUGUCCACACUGAACGGGCUCUCCUCAGAUGAGGUGCACUCCUGCUUAUCACUUGGUCUCUCUGUAGGCCUUGGGAAACUGAAAUUAUCCAGUAACCAAAAGUCUUGCACCAGCGUCCUAGAGAACCAGGACUUCUGCACCUCGUACCACUCUGGUCUCCACCAACAUUACACAGAGGUGGUAGGAGGCAAUUUGUGGUCAGGAGAGUUUUCACUCACUCAUAACGACUCCCUGGGCUAUGAGAACUGGCUGAAAACCCUCAAGGACCAGCCGGACAUUGUUUGGUACUCCCUCAGACCAAUGUAUGAGCUGGUGCCAAAUGAGUCACAGAAGGCCGGGAUGAAGGCUGCCAUUGAGCAGUACAUAGCAGACAACGCUGUGAGUAAUUCACCCCGAGAACCAGAUUGUGGGUGGCACAUUCCCAACCUGGCUUCCAACUGCUGUCCUCAACAGACCUGGAGAGGAACACUGGAGGUGACCAUCAUCCGAGCCUGGGAUCUGUUUGGAGAUCUAACUGGCAACACUGAUGGGUAUGCUGAGAUGUGGUAUGGUUCCAUCUACCGAAGGACUCAUAUGAUCAAUUCAAACGACCCUAGGUGGGAUGCUCUUUAUAAUCUGGGCAAGGUGGAUACAAGCUUAACUUUGAAGUUUGAGAUCUGGGAUGAAGACUCAACGAGUAAUGACGACCUUCUGAUAUCAUGUCAGACGAAGCCGAAACAGGGGUCAUACAACCUUAACUGUUCAUCAUCACUAGGCAGCUUCGAGGUCAAGUACACGCUGACCUGUGACCCUCACCUGACUGGAGACAAGUGUGAUCGUUACAAACCAUCUCCACGUUGAGAAAUGCAUUUUUGGAGUCAUGCUAUUCACAAAUGCCAAUGGCUUUACUUUAACUGAGUGUAAUAUCUGAGUAGUUGAUCAUUUAACAGGUAAUAAUGGAACAAAAAAAGUACUUUCUGUGAGUGAUGAAACAAAAUGAUGAUUAGUAAGAUGA